CUAUUGAAUGGAUAAAUGAACUAUGGGAAGAAAUAGAUUCCUAUUGGAGUAAAAUUGAUGAAAAUAAAGAAUUUGAUCUUGUAGAAUGGAUGCAUAGAAUUACAAAUGAAAUUAUGUUUAAAACUACAACUGGAGUAAAGAAUAAUGCUGUUGCUGCUUAUUAUUAUACUAUUUUUGCUCCUGAAAAUAUUAAGUCUUUAGAUGAAAAUGAACAAGAAAAAUUGAAAGAUUCUGAAGAUUCUGUUCAAUCAGUCCAUACUUAUAUGGAUGUAAAGAAUCUAUUAAAAAAUAAGGAAAUUCUUUUUGAUAAAGUGGGUAAAAUUGUCAAAGAAAGAAGAAUUGAAAUUGAGAAUACACCAUUAGAUCAACCACUUCGUCAUGAUUUUUUAACGUCACAUAUAACCACAAAUACCCCACGUGAUAUAAAUAUUAUUAACCAUAGUGAAGCGGUAGAUAUUGUGAGACCAAUGAACGAUAAAGAGAUUGUUGACAAUAUAUUUGAGGCAAUUACCGCAGGGGAUUUUUACGAGUGA